UAUUGAGUUUUGCUCGUACAUAUUGUCUUUAAGGCACUUUAGAGAAGAACACUCCACUUAAAGUUGCUCACUAAUUCGUCCUUGUCUUUACUUCUUCUCUGAAGGCUUAACUUUUCACUCAUACUCAAAUACAAAAAUUUGGUGAUCGUUGUGGGUGCAGCUGAUGUAUCGGUCAGUGUAUGUUAGAUGAUUUGUUGAUGGUUUGAACGUGCAAGGGCUUUGUUAUGCAGAAAGAACAUAUCAGUAUAUGGUCCUUUAGUGAGAUGAAAUUCAUCCAGUGCCAGUGAUAUUUCACUUUACAGAGAGUCUCUGUGUUUGAGCUCCGUAACAAUACAGUAAGACAACAGGUCUAACCCACUGGAUGUCAAUCACAAUGUGCCACAGAGUACAUUCAAUUGAUGUUGAAAAUGUAUCUAUACCACAGUAUACAGAUUUUCAUCACACUGCUCAUGUGUGUUGAUGCCAUUACACAUGAAAGUAGCUUCAUCAGAAUUAGUUGACAAGGUCAUCAGUCCCAUUGGAUGAGGGAAGGAUGGGGAAGGAAAUUGGCCAUGCUCUUACAAAGGAACCAUUCCAGCAUUUGCCUAGAGUAAUUUAGGGAAAUCAGCACCAUGGCAGUUAGCAAUUAUUCAUUGUAAUCUCACAGCUCGUGAUGACCCUCGCUCCCAGUGGAAGAUGAAGUUGCAGUACUCCUUGUGGCAGUCUGAUGACCAUAUUUAGAAAUAGUGUUCUGGACAGACGUCUGAACAAAUAUUCACCAAAUGAUUCUAUAAGUCUUCACCUUUUGCCUUCAUGUUGGAUACAGUCUUCAUGGGAUUUCUCAUGAGAUCUGUGGACAUAACAGUCUCUGUUUUAGUAUUGACCCUUAGAAGACAAUAUCUUCUAAAACAGGAUACUAGAUUUAGUGGAAGGAGACACCAGUAGGAGAGGUUUCUACUGCUUUGCAGAGGUUUUUAUAAUACAACAAAUUCAGCUGAUCACGAGUUUGGAACUGGGUUUACCAAGCCCUCCCACAAGGAGCGUACUGGUAUUCUCACUACUUUCCUGCUGUUCCAGCACCUACUAUGGGGGAAGAGAACCAAAAUGAAAUGUCUCCAUUACAGAGCCAGAGUGACAGUGAUAAUAGCAGUUCUAGUACAGAGGCCAGUCCAGUAAUGAAUUUAUCUGCUCCCCUUGAAGUACAGUGCAAGUGGUUUCAAUGUGGUCAGUGGUUUGGUAACCUGAGUGCUCUUGCUACUCAUGUUGCUAGAAGUCACACGGCUCCUGGGCAAGAAGGUCUUUUCUACUGUCGGUGGGACGGUUGCAGCCGGGGUAACCGUGGCUUCAAUGCGAGGUAUAAGAUGUUGGUGCACGUGCGAACACACACUAAUGAGAAGCCUCAUCAUUGUUUCAAAUGUGAUAAGAGUUUUAGCAGAGCAGAAAAUUUAAAAAUCCAUGCACGUUCUCAUACAGGUGAACGUCCAUAUAUAUGUCCCGUACCAGGAUGUGGAAAGGCUUAUUCAAACUCAAGUGACCGCUUCAAGCAUACAAGAACCCACUCUGUGGAUAAACCAUAUACAUGUAAGGUACCAGGCUGCUCCAAACGAUACACAGAUCCAAGUUCACUUCGAAAACAUGUCAAAACCUAUCGCCAUUAUCUGUGUACAAAGGAACAGCUGUCAGAGGUCACAAUUCCUCUGAAACCUUCAAGUACAAACUUCCCCAGCCUCUGGGUCAAUAUUCCAUGGAACUUAUGGGAGCCUCAAAACCCUGCAUGCACAGCAGAACAAGAUUUGCCUCUUGAUCUCAGUAUCAGUGCUAAAGUAUAGCAUCUAAGUACAAUAUGUUUUUUACCCUACAUGCAAUUACUUCUGCUACACAAACUCUCUGUGAUCAAAAAGACAGAUUGUCUGUCUUAUUUUCUGGUACCUAAAUAUUUGUAAUGUCACUGUCAGUUUUCUUAAUAGUAACAUGUUGGCACAGUUGCUAUCAAACAUAAGUGAACUGCAACUAGAUGCAGAAAGUUAAUCUCAUGACAGGAACUAUCGAUGAUUUCAUUGAUGUAAUAGUAUUGCAUAAUGGAUAUUUCAUAAAAUAAUUGCAUACACGAUCUUCAUAAGGGGAAGAUUUUUUAAAAAAAUGUAUUGCUUGGACAAUCACUAAGAAUUGUGGAUACUUAUGUGUGGCUCUUCUGCGGAAAAAUAAUAACUUUUUCCGUCAGAGCAUAAUUGAUUGCCGACUGGUAAAAUGUUAAAAUGGAGAUGAUUGAUCUCAAAUGUUUCAUCACAAAAAUUUAAUAGCUUAUAAUUUAAGUUAAGUAUGAAUCAGUGAAUGAUAGGAGUCUGUAAUAGUAUGUGUAAAUGUGGAUGUAUUUUAUUUUUACCAUGGCAGUGGAGCUUAAGAAUUGAAGACAGCUUAAUAUAAGAAUAAAUUAUGUUUGUACCUGUGUUUGUAUAUUUUAAUGUGUGUUCUGUAUUUAUAGUAUAAGCAGUCAAAGAUGUGUGCACUUCUAUUACCUGAAUGUUAUUUAUUUAGAGAGUAUUGUAUUAAAGAAUAAUUAGUAAAAGGAAUAUAUGAUGUUUACUAUAUUAGGAAGAACAUUUAUUAUAAUUCUCAGUGCACAUGCACAGUCAUUAGUGUCUGAACAUACUUUACUGGAAGUGAAACUGAUUGAACUUACAACUAGCUCUGAAAGCUCUGGCUGCUGUUCUUUUUUCCUACCAAGUAUUAGUUAAGAAAAAAUAACAUUGACUGAGUGGAUUUCUCCCACAGAAAAUAAAAGCCAUUUGUUUUCACAAACUUUUAA